ACAAUAUAAAUUACGCGACUCUGGUCGCUCAGCUUGAGUUUGCUUUUAUAUCAGCCAACAGAAGGUUCUAAAAUAUUCCCCAUUAUGAAGCUGCUGAUCUUAGUUUCUGUGUUUAUCGCCUUUGUGGCCAGUGCAUCGGCUCUGAAAAAUGCUAUCUGUGGUCUGCCCCAUUCCCGCAAUGGUGACGGUAGAAUUUCCUGUGAGGCCUACAUCCCAAGUUGGUCCUACGAUAGUAAUCACAACGAGUGCAUCAAAUUUAUCUACGGAGGCUGUGGUGGCAACGACAACCGAUUCAACUCAAAGGAAAAUUGUGAAGACAAGUGCUUGGAAUAAAAUUUAGUGAUCGAGAGGCCAAAAA